AUGGCGCUGGGGGAAAUGCAGGGUUGGGACCCUGUGCGCCUCUCGGCGCAGUAUUUUCAUCAGCCCAUCAAGCUACCUUCCUCCUGCGUGUCCCUCAUCUGCCGCCCCGUGUGCAGGCCUGCCUGCUGCGUGCCCGCCUCUUCCUGCUGUGGCCCUGCCUCCUCCUGCUGUAGACCUUCCUCCUGCGUGUCCCUCAUCUGCCGCCCCGUGUGCAGGCCUGCCUGCUGCGUGCCCGCCUCUUCCUGCUGUGGCCCUGCCUCCUCCUGCUGUAGACCUUCCUCCUGCGUGUCCCUCAUCUGCCGCCCCGUGUGCAGGCCUGCCUGCUGCGUGCCCGCCUCUUCCUGCUGUGGCCCUGCCUCCUCCUGCUGUAGACCUUCCUCCUGCGUGUCCCUCAUCUGCCGCCCCGUGUGCAGGCCUGCCUGCUGCGUGCCCGCCUCUUCCUGCUGUGGCCCUGCCUCCUCCUGCUGUAGACCUUCCUCCUGCGUGUCCCUCAUCUGCCGCCCCGUGUGCAGGCCUGCCUGCUGCGUGCCCGCCUCUUCCUGCUGUGGCCCUGCCUCCUCCUGCUGUAGACCUUCCUCCUGCGUGUCCCUCAUCUGCCGCCCCGUGUGCAGGCCUGCCUGCUGCGUGCCCGCCUCUUCCUGCUGUGGCCCUGCCUCCUCCUGCUGUAGACCUUCCUCCUGCGUGUCCCUCAUCUGCCGCCCCGUGUGCAGGCCUGCCUGCUGCGUGCCCGCCUCCUCCUGCUGUGGCCCUGCCUCCUCCUGCCAGCCCAGCUGCUGCCGCCCGUCCUCCUGCAUGUCCCUGCUCUGUAGUUCCAUGUGUUCCCACCCAGCCUGCUACGUCCCCACCUUGGCAGACUUCUCUCCAGGGCCAGCAGGCCCAGGGAUUCUCCCUACUCACCAGCACCUAGAAGCCCCUGGAAGCCCCUGA